AUUAUCCGAUGAAAUACCAUAAAAUUUUAAUUUUGAAUUCAUACACACUAGAAUGGUCUAGGUUGCAAGAUUAAUUGAAAUAAAUAUCGUACUUGAGAGCUAAUCCAUUGUCAUUAACAUUUCAAGUUCUGCUUUUCUGCUCUAAGUGCAAGCAUCGUCGUGCCCACUAUGUUUAUGCUUAUAUGGUAAUGAAUGGAUGGUGGUAAUAAGCAUCAAGGUGGUGAAGUAAGCAUGAUGAAGAAGAAAACAGAAGAGGUGGUGACAAUUUCAAAUGAUCAUGAUGAUCAUGGCUUGAAAGUGUUUGAAUCUUUGCCUCAAUGUGAAAAUGAACUUGCUUCAAAUUCUCCUGAAAUAAGGUUCAUCCCAAGCCCAAAUAAGUCCCCAAAAGCUACUGCUACAAAUGAAAAUCUUACCACAAGAAAAACUUUUGUAAGAUCAGUGUAUUCUAAGCCCAAAUCAAGGUUUGGUGAACAACCUUACCCUUUUGAUGAAACCCUUUUAGAAGAGAAUGUUACUUCUUUAAAUUUGCAAGAACAAUUAGCUUUUAGCAACUCAUUUGAUAAAGAAUCGCAUUCACCUUCGACGGCAUCUCAAAGUUCUUCUGGUGAGGAUCCUGAUGAAAUCAUUUACAGGAAAGUUGAAUUUAGUAAAGGCAAGCACAGGAUACUACUAACGACUAAGGUUUUGAUCGAAUUGUCCAUGUUUGUCUGCAUCGCGGGUAGCUUGUUAGCUAGCUUAACAGUUGAGGAACUGAGAAGGAUAGAGAUUUGGAGUUUAGGACUUUGGAGGUGGUGUAUGCUUGUGAUGGUGACAUUUUGUGGCAUGUUGUUUACCAAAUGGUUCAUGCACGUUGUUAUUUUCAUGAUUGAAAUGAACUUCUUGUUGAGGAAAAAAGUGCUUUAUUUUGUCCAUGGAGUGAAGAAAUAUGUCCAGGUUUUCAUUUGGAUCAGUUUGGUUCUCCUCACAUGGACAUUUUUUAUCAAGCACGAGGUCCAGCGAUCUGAAUUGGCCGCAAAAUUUUUGAAUGAUGUAACAUGGACUCUUGUAUCCCUUCUCAUUGGAUCAUUUUUAUGGGUCAUAAAGAAAUUCUUGCUGAAGACUUUGGCAUUGAAUUUCCAUGUGAAGGCUUUCUUUGAUCGAAUUCAAGAAUCGAUCUUCCAUCAAUAUGUUCUGCAGACACUUUCUGGGCCUCCACUUAUGGAUGAGGCUGAGAAGGUUGGGGGAUCACAGAGUAUAGGCCAUUUUAGUUUCAGGAGUACAACUGGUAAAGGUGGCAUAAAGAAAGAGGUUAUCGAUAUGGCAAAGCUUCACAAGAUGAAGCAAGAGAAAGUUUCCGCGUGGACCAUGAAGAUUUUGGUAGAUGCAGUGAUGAACUCAAGGCUGUCCACAAUCUCUAAUUCACUAGAUGAAAGUUUUUAUGAUGUAAAAAAUGAGAAAACUGAUAAAGAAAUUACUAAUGAGAUGGAAGCAACCGCUGCGGCCUAUUAUGUUUUCAGGAAUGUUGCUGCUACCCCUUGUUGCAAGGACAUUGAUGAAAAUGAACUACGUCGAUUUAUGAUUAAAGAGGAAAUUCCUUUGGUAUUUCCCCUACUGGCUCAUGCAGAGACAGGGUUAAUUACCAGAAAGUCUUUAGCAGAUUGGGUGUUGAAGGUAUAUCAAGAACGUAGAGCACUCGCACACGCCUUAUGCGAUACUAGAACAGCUGUUAAACAAUUAAACAAGCUCGUGACAGGAGUCCUAGUGCUGGUGACCAUAGUAGUGUGGCUUCUUCUAAUGGAGAUUGCAACCACAAAAGUACUUGUAUUCCUCUCAUCGCAGCUAGUCCUUGCAGGUUUCAUGUUUGGAAACACAUGCAAGAAUAUAUUUGAAGCCAUCAUCUUCGUGUUUGUAAUGCAUCCAUUCGAUGUUGGCGAUCGGUGUGUUGUAGAUGGUGUUGAGCUAUUGGUUGAAGAAAUGAAUAUAUUGACAACAGUAUUCUUGAAGCUUAAUAAUGAGAAGGUCUAUUAUCCAAACUCUAUCCUCGCCACAAAACCGAUUAGCAAUUAUUACAGAAGUCCAAAUAUGGUUGAUGGUGUAGAGUUUUCAAUUGAUUUUAUGACACCAGCAGAGAAAAUUGGAGCAUUGAAAGAAAAAGUGCAGAGGUACUUGGAGAGGAAUCCACAAUACUGGCAUCCUAAUUUCACCAUGAUAGUGAUAGAGAUUGAAAAUGUAAAUAAGAUUAAGAUGGGUCUUUAUGUUACUCACACAAUAAACUUUCAAGAUUUUGGGGAGAAGGUUAAGCGAAAAAGUGAACUAGUGAUGGAAAUAAAGAGAAUAUUUGAAGAGCUCAAUAUCAAAUACAACCUUCUUCCACAAGGUGUUCAUCUCAGACACAUGGAACCUGAUACAAGUUAUCUCAAAUGAUGAUUGUUACUCAAUGAAUCAUAUAUGGCCCAAGUUAUCUCACAAGGUGGCCAUAUAUAGUGAAGGUAAGGGCCUUAAUAAACUUGUACCAACAAAAAUAAAGGCCUUAAUAGACAAUAUUGAAAUAGUUUUACCUAUUAAAUUAUGUAUUCACUUCAGGACUCUUAAAUCUUAUAUACCAACCUAAUUUAAUCCAAUAUAAAAUUGUGUCCUAUUGUUGAACAUCAUCA